AGUACAAAAAUAGCUUUAAAGAGGCGAUGAAAACAAAUGAGCGCGAAAUAAAAAGUUUGAUAGAAGCUGUAGAAGCUAAGUACUCUGAGCGUGUUCAAUCACUUGUGGCAGCGCAGCAAUCUUUUGAGAAAAAAGUUGAAGAGGCCGAAAAAAAAGUAUCUGACUUUACAAGAGCAAUAAAAGAAAACUCCGAUAACGUGUGCCGUGAGCUUGACAGUAAUAAAAAAGAAAAUAAAAAAGUCUGUGAAGAGGUAAAAGGCAUCAUGAGUAAGCACAGUGGAGUAGUAAGCGAGACGUACGCGGAUAAGCUAAAAAGGGGUGCGGGGUGUGCCCCAGUAAUUCUAAAGCCAAAGAAAAGUCAACAAAGUAAUAUAACCAGAAAUGAAGUCAAAGAAUGUAUUAACCCAGCCAAUUUAAAAGUUAAGGUUAAUGGGAUGUUUAAUAGACAGGAUGGUGCAGUUGAAAUUAAAUGUGUAAAUAAUAGCGAUAGAGAUAUCCUAGCUGAUGAAAUCAAAAAUAAGUUAAGCCAAAAAUAUGAUGUGGAAAUCCCAGGCUUGAGAUACCCCAAAAUAUUAAUAAGUGGGCUAUCGGCGAACUUGGAGUGUGAUAAAGUCGAAAAAGCUAUACGUAAGCAAAACGAUGUCUUAUUUGAGCACCUCAAAUGUACUAAAGUUUUUAAAUCGCAGAAAAAUCCUAGAGUGUUUAAUGCGUUUAUUGAAGUGGAUGGUGUAGCCUUCAAAAGCAUUAUAAAGGAGCAAAGAAUCAAUAUUGAAUGGGAUCGAUGUAUGGCUUACGAAAGCGAUGGAGUUCUAAGAUGUUAUAAGUGUUGGGGCUUUAACCACAAAGCUGCAAUGUGCAAAGAACAGCAUCAGAUAUGUGCUAAGUGCGGGGAAAAUGAUCAUAGCUAUAGAGAAUGUCAGAAUAACUUUGUGAAAUGCAGAAAUUGUAGCAUAGCGAAAGCAAGACUUAAUCUGGCGGACAUCGACGAAAAGCAUGAUGCAAGGGACAGCUGCUGUCGCGUAUUACAGAGAAAGGUAAAACUGCAGGCCGAAAGAACAUUAUACUAGCAAUCAAAGGGCAAGAUACUAUGCCUUUACUUGAACAUAUGUGGUCUGAGAACGAAUUUUUCCCAAUUAGAAGUUUUGUUGGAAGACAGUGUAUAUGACUUCGUAUGCUUGUCUGAAACGCAUCUUACCUCAGACAUAGACGAUGAGGAGCUAUAUCUUCCAAAUUAUAGUAUUCAUCGAAAUGACAGCGAUUCAAAACACACUGGCGGUGUUGUAGUCUACGUGAAUAAGUCAUGGGAAGUGCUAGCGACUGAAGUUGAAUCUAAAGCGAGAGCCUUUUGGUGGCUUUCGAUAAAAUUACGCCGCAAUAGCAAAUAUCUUGAGCUAGGGACAAUGUACAGAUCCCCCAAUAGGGUAACUUCCCCAGAAAGUGUUUUUUGCGAAUUUUUUAAGGAUAAGCUAGACUCGCUCUUAGAAACCAGUGAUGUCAUAAUAACUGGAGACUUCAAUAUAAACUGGUAUGAAAACACUGUUUCCAGAAGAAUCAUAAAGCAAGCAACGGAUGACAGUAGCUUUAAGCAGAUUCUGAAUAACCCUACUCGAAUAACUGAGUUUUCCGCAACGCUGAUAGACUAUGUCGUGACAAAUAUAAGUAAUAUAAAUGCACAUACGGUGUCAGACCUCAAAAUAAGUGAUCAUGAAACGAUACUAAUCGAAAUUAAUGAGCGUGAGAAAGCAAAGCCCACCAAAUCAACGUUAAAAAGAUUAACCUUUGACAACCGUAUUUUGUGUGAUACGGUGAAUGCAAGAUGUGCAAAUUGCAAUGAAGGUGAGCUCGAAGCAUAUGCCACAACAUUUAAUGAAGCUUUAAAAGAAGCAAUCAAUAAAAUGACAAUAGUGAGAACAGUGAAGUCUAAUGUAAGCAGAUGUAGAUGGUAUAAUGCUAGACUCAGGACGUUAAGGCAAUCGAAGGAAGCAAGCUAUAGGCGGGCAACGUGGACUCGAAAUACGGAAGACUGGGCGCGUUAUAGAGAAUGUAGAAAUCGGUACGUUAGUGAGCUGAACCGGGCCAAGUGCCAAUAUAUUGAAGCGAAAAUAGAUCGGUGUUUGGACCAAAAAACCAUGUGGAAAGCAAUAAAGGACCUUGUGCUGAAAAAGGAGCAAAAAAAUAUCAAAAAAAUCGACUUCGGAGAUAAGAUUGUAAAUAAUAAGCAUGAACUUGCCAAUCGUCUCAACGAAUUCUUCGUAGAAAGUAUAAACCGAAUAAACGUGGCAAUACCAGCGGUUCCUUAUAUUAACCUUAGGAGCAGAGCGGACACACGCUUUAAGUUUAAUGAAAUAAAUCUUGUGGAGCUAAAAUCAACGCUGACUAAAAUGAAUAGCAAAAAAGAUUGUAACUCAAUGUCGAUUACUUACUUGUUAUCCACCUUUAAUGUUACUGGGCCGAUUGUCCUAUCUUUAAUUAAAAAGUCACUUGAAACCGGUAUAUACCCACAUCGCUGGAAGCAGUCAAUAGUAGUCCCAAUAGAAAAAGUAAAAAAUGCAAAAAAGCCGGAAGAAUACAGACCAAUCAACACGCUAUUAAUUGAAAGCAAAAUUAUUGAAAAAAUUGUUCACGCCCAGCUCGAAAACUAUUUUGAGAAGCACAACCUCUUUUGUGAGUAUCAGUCUGGAUUCAGACUAAAGCAUAGCUGUGAAUCAUUGCUUAACCUUGUCAUCACGAAAUGGAAGACUGAACGAGAUAACAAGCGAGUGAUAGCAGCAGUUUUUAUUGAUCUCCAGAGAGCUUUUGAGACGAUCGAUAGAACGAUAUUGUUAAAGAAGUUAGAGGACUACGGGAUCUCAGGGGUCGAACACCGUUGGUUCCAGAGUUACCUUUCCGGAAGACACCAGAAAACGAGAGUGGAAGGCGUGGAAUCUGAUUCGACGACAGUUGUACUUGGAGUUCCCCAGGGGGCAGUUCUCGGCACGCUGCUUUUUAUUAUCUAUAUCAACGAUCUUGAACGAGCUUUGAAGGAUGCGAAAAUUUGUCUAUUUGCUGAUGAUGCACUACUAUACGUGGCGGGAGACACUGCGGAUGACUGUAUAGCAAAACUAAACAGUGACUUAGUAUCUGUAGCACGAUACCUUAAAAUGAAUAAACUGAAACUGAAUAUUGCGAAGACAAAAUCGAUGCUUUUCGGCGGUAGAUCUGACUUGGACCUCACUAUAGACGGAAGCACCAUUGAAGAAGUAGACCAAAUAAAAUACCUGGGCGUUGUCUUAGAUACUAAGUUGUAAUUUGAUGCACAUAUUGAUUAUAUUUGUAAAAAAAUAUCUAAAAAAGUUGGUUUAAUGUGUAGGAUCAGAAAUAAGGUAUCACUGUGCUGUGCUAUAAAAAUUUAUAAUGCGAUUAUCAAGCCUCACUUUGAAUAUUGUUCUACCAUACUUUUUUUAGGAAGCCAACAUAGCAUAGAUAGAAUGCAGAAAUUACAGAACAAAGCUAUGAGAUGUAUUCUUAAGUAUAAUCGUUUAGCAUGCGUUAGGGAUAUGCUUGAUACUCUGAAAUGGAUGUCGGUCAACCAACGUGUGAUUUAUAAUGUAAUCUUAUUCAUUUUCAAAGUUAAAAAUCGUAUGCUUCCUAGAUAUCUUACGGCCGAAAUUAGCUAUGUGGCCGAUGUUCAACCGUAUUUAUUAAGAAGUAACGCCGAUAUAAAAAGACCGUCGUAUAUAUCAAGCGCAACACAGAAUAGUCUAUUCUAUAGGGCAGCAACUAUAUUUAAUUCGCUACCUUAUGAUACAAAACAAGAUUUAAUUUUCAACUCAUUUAAAAGAAAGCUAUCAAAUUGGGUAGAGGAAAAUUUUGUAUAACCAU